AUGCCACCACGAUUUCCUCCCCGUGUUCCGCGCGAGCAUGUCAACAAUCUUCCACCGAUGAAUCAAGACGAUCUUGAUGCCGCACGCAAAGAGUUUCCUGAGGAAAAGCUCCCGUCAAGAGCCCUGGAAAAGUAUGCGAAGAAGCAUUGGAUUGAAGGUCGUUACUUUUGGAAGGAUAAUUUUCGUUAUGUCUGCGGCUCUGAUAUUCAAUACUUUACAGCUACUAUUCCUAGAUACGAAAGGAAGACGGACCCCCAACGGAGAACAUACCAUGUUGCUAAAAAUACUCCGACAUUGGCCAUGAUUGAUCGACCGAAGAAAAAGGGUCUCCAGAAGUUAAUCGCACAUCAAAGUGAAAGCGAAUGGGCAUUGCCUCAGGAUCAUGACCGACACUUGUUGAAAUUUCCUCAAGAAAUUAUUGAUAUGAUCUCCCGCUCCGUUUUGACAAUCGAGGAUCAUACAAUCACGCCGGACGUCACAACAUCUGAUUGGGCACGGGUUUUUAAGUCUCAUAAGACCUAUUCCCUAGACGGUGAGCGAAGUCCCAAAUCAGAAUUCAGUUUUGAUACUAUCAUCACACACCCAUGCAAAGAUCAAGAAGGGACACACUUUCAGCUUCGAAGAGUAUACCGCCCCAGGAUAGAUGCAACUCUAUUACGAGUGUGCAAAAGCUUCAGAGACAAUGCAACUAAGUUUUUAUAUAAGGAAAACAUGUUCCAUUUUACAACAAUGGAUUGGAGUGCAACCGGCAGUCCUAUUUCUUGGAUCGAUCAUGUGAAACCACGCAGCUUGAAUUUAUCCGAGGUUGAGACGAUUACACAGGCCCCGUUGGAUGAAGUUUCACUACUGUUGACGCGACUUCACGAGACAAGGCCAUUUGAAAGUUUUGAGCCCCAUUUCUUUGCCGUUCAUGACGCUAUUCGAUUGAUUGAAAACUCGGGGACUCCAGUUCUCGAGGACUGUUGGGAUGCAUACAGCUAUCACGAUCACUUUUUCCGCUUUCUUCAAGCAAUUGGGAAAGAGAAGGCUGGUAUGCUAAAGACUUUAAAAUUCAGUGGAACAGUCAUCCUACACCUAUGUGAGGGCAGCGACUCCACGCAUGGCCCCAAUGGUCUGAAAGAAUCGUUGUGCUCUAAGGACCUGGUUGAUACCCUUCGUUUGUAUGUUCCGAUCAUCAAUAGGUUCUGUACCGGUUUGGAGAAGCUGGUGAUUGAAGUGAAAAAAGAUCCUCAUCCAGACUGGUCCUUGCUACUUGUCUUGGAUCCUUUGAACUCGGGCAGGAGUGUUCACCAACGGUACAUAACCUCCCUGCUUGAAGGAGAGCUCCGAAAACUCAAGACAGUAAAAAUACUGGAAGUCUAUAAAGUCUUUGAGGUCAAGGACGAUGCCUCAGCAGCAGAUGCUUCAGUAGAUACCCCCGAGCGCAAGGGAUUUAUGAAAAUAGAGAAGCUUGAUUUCGCAGAACCGACGAUUGAAUGGUUUAGGGAUAGAGCUAGCAAAUCAGGUAAUCAGAAAGGAGGAGAACGAAACAGUAGCAAUGAGAAAAUCUGCAAGAGGCCUUAA